AUGCGAUCUCUACCGCUCUCAAGGGUCAUCACUUUGGCCGCCCUUCUCCUCUCCCGCGCUUCUCUUCCCAUGGGAGAGAUGCCGGAGCGCCUGCCUCCGGUUCCGUGUACGGCGGCGAGCCGCACGGCGGAGACCGUAUGCGUAGGAAGACACUACGCCGGCGUCUGCUUCAAAGGCCAAGUGGAACCGAAGCUUGUCGCUCCCCUUGUGUGCUUCCACGGCCGCUUGUUCCCCCCAGAGAUUCUGGACGAGAACGAUCCUGAAGAGCCUGAGCUGGCCACUCUCGAGAAGAGUACGCGAUAUUCGGGGAUUCCAGCUCAGACUAAAGUGAUCGAUGAAAGGGGGAAGUAA